AUCGAAUCGUAUUUGUCUUUGGGAUGAGGGUAAAGUCCAAGAAAACCCAUUCAAGAUGAUCAUAUAUGCCACUCGAAAUCCGCCGGCGCCGUUUCCAGUUCUCAGCCACAACGAUCUACGAGCCUGGGAGCACUUCCAACACCGCACAUCUCGAGAUGUAAUGGGACCCUUUAAUUCACCAUUCUGGUCAUCUACAAUACUCCGAUUGGCACAGGAAUUUCCGGCUGUGAAGCAUGCCCUCCUUGCCCUGAGCAUUAUGCACGAAAAAUUCUGUCUACCAGAAAAAGGCCACCCUUCCUCGCAUCAACACGCUAUGCAUCACUACAAUAUCGCCAUCCGACAAAUUGUCCGCGUCACGGACUCCGAGUCGUCAUGGGUUGGGGUUCUUCUUACCUGUAUUAUGUUCUGUGCGAUAGAGAGCCUUCGUGGUAAUUUUUCCAAAUGUUUACAACACGCACGAUCUGGCAUGAAGAUUGCCGAGCAGGUUCGACAGGAAGCCCACAGUGGUCAGAAAACUCGUUCGGUCGACCUGGAAAUGCUGGACAGGACGUUCACCGCGCUACAAAACCAGAUCAUGAGAUUGGGGGAUUCAAGCACUUCCGAAGUCUUCCAGAACCUGCACCAGAAGUUUGGACCUGUCCCUCAACAGCUCGAAUCUGUCGAGGAAGCUCAGACUUGGCUCGAGAUUCUUCUCAAUGAAGUCAUGGCCUUCUUGAACGACCAUGAGCCAAUUUACGAGGCGCAGAGGCUUUCGUCCGGAACGGUGAACAUGUCUACGAUCCCCAAGUUCUGUAUGCUCCGCCAGCGGGUUGAAAGUUGGAGCAUAGCGGUGAACAACAUCGAGUCUCGUGCUGACAUAAACAGCGGCACUCGGUACCAGGCAUUCCUGAUUCUGAAAAUAUACCAAUCCAUCCUGAAGGUUCUCCUAGAGGCCCUGCUGCGUGAGGAAGAUGUUUUCGACACUUUCAACUCCGAGCUGGCAGGGGCAUUAAAGCUUGCAGAAGUCUUCCUACAGCUUCAAGGCAGCUCUGGUCGGUUAGGUCCGCAUGAUACAGGUGUGCUUGGUGCCAGACUCUGUGGGACUGCAUUAGCUUUGUCCAAGCCUCCCACAGUACCAACGUUCUCCAUGAGCAUGGGGGUGAUCCCUGUUCUGGUCUUGGUAUCCAUCAAAAGCAAUAAACCUGAAAUUCGAGACGAGGCCCUCCGACUUUUGCGUUGCUCCAAUCGAAGAGAAGGCAUCUGGGACAGCAAAUGGGCUUCUGAUCUGGCGAACCGUAUUAUCGAGCGCAAGAAGCAGUUUGACCCUAUUCAAGACAGGACUGGUCAGCAAAGGCGUCUGAAGAUUCUCGGAGUCAAGUUUGGAGAGAAGAGCUGCAUCGUAGAGUUGGCAUUUGCUCCUGCACCUCUGUUCAUUACCGGUACCAAUGGGCAAAAUAGGUCUACCAAGACCGAAUAUUCGUUUAUAGAGGUCAUCGACUUUACUUGA